UCCAAAACGCACAAUGUAAUUAUAAAUUAAAUUUGCAGCACGGCAUAUCUGCAAUUACGCUUCUCUGUCUCCCUCUUUCAUUUGACAAAAUCCCUAAAACUAACUCUUCAAGCCAAGCACUGCUGUGAAUCGUCUCAAACUCCCAGUUUUAGUGGAAAAAAGAAUGAGCACCUCCUCUCAAUCUGUCCAACUCAAGGAUGAUGAGUACAAGUUAGAUGAGUCGGGAAAGAGAAGGAAAAUAAUCAAGGAUGAUGAGCACAAGGUGGUGGAGGACCGAAUCAGUGAGUUGCCAUAUGAGGUUAUUGUUAGCAUAGUGUCACUCUUGCCGCUAAAGGAAGCAGUAGCUACAAGUAUCCUUUCUAGGAGAUGGCGGUAUGUCUGGUCAUCUACUACGACUCUCAAUUUAGAGACUGUUAAUUUUGAAGACCCUGAGACCUUAAAAUACUUCUGUGAACUUGACUAUGAUAAACGAGACGAAGAAGAAGGCCAUAAAUACGUCAAUUGGGUGAAUCACGUGCUGGAGCAGUAUAGCGGCCAAAACAUUGAACGAUUCAGGGUUAUCUUUUUUCUAGAUAACGUCUUUACAAGUUCCAUUGAUAAAUGGGUUCAAUUUGCAAUGGAAAAGAGAGUUCAAACACUUGAGUUGGACUUAUUGACAACUGGGGGGGGUUGGCACGACGAUGACUAUACAUUUCCCUAUAAACUGUUGGGUAUGGAAAAGGAAGAAUUUGCUUCCAAUGGCAUUCCAAGUCUAGGUUCUGGUGGAUAUUACAACAAUAUUGGUUUCAAGUCCCUCAAAGUUAUUCAUUUUCGACAUGUUGGUGUGACCGGGGAAGUUGUUGAGUUCUUCUUGUCCAACUGUCCACUUCUUGAGCGAUUGUCUCUAGAUGUUGCAAAAAAUUUAGUUAAUUUAAGAGUUGUCGGUCCCUUGAUAGCAUUGAAAUAUUUGGAGAUAAAAAAUUGUCAACGACUCAAAAACAUUGAGAUUUGUGACGCAAACAUUGUUUCAUUUAUUUAUUGUGGAGGGUUGAUAUCUUUGCAUCUCAAGAAUGUACCGCUGCUUGUUGAUGUAACCUAUUACAAGUGGUACGCUUAUGCUGAAUUCACAAGGAUUGUGCUCGGCCAAUUUUCGCCUUGUCUUUCUCAUAUAGAGAUUCUGAAGCUAGAUAUCAGAGAAGCGGUCUACAAUCAAAAUCAUGUACUUCCCACACUAGCAAAUCUAAGGCAUUUGCAAUUAUUAGUUGAUGCAGACUACCAUUUGUCCCUUGGUCGCUUAGCUUCUUUCAUGAAGGCAGCUCCUUACAUGCAGAGACUUGUUUUGGGGUUGGGUUUGAAAAGAUCCAAUACGAAGACGGCAAAAAUAGAGAAAGCUGCCGAAUGCCCCCAUUACUACCUCAAGGAAGUAGAAAUAUCAGGGUAUCGUGGUCACAAAUGUUGUGUUAAACAUGUCAUGUACUUGAAAAAGAAUGUUGUUGCAUUGGAGAAGAUUGUUAUAAAUCCUGUCCGGUUUUGGUGUGCACCUUCUGGAACCGAGUUGAAUUUCCUACGAGUCAAUGAGGAAGAGAAUGCGAGAGAUCAUGCUAUUCAAUACCUUAAACAAAAAAUGCCUUCUACCAUAGAAUAUGUAUGCCUCUAGUAUUAAGCGCAAGUGCAAGUGCUUAAUAAUAUAUCUA